AUGACAGACAUCCUAACGUUGGUGUUCAGGACCUUGUCGUCACAGACAGGUCAGAACAAGGACCCCGGUGCCGGUCCUCCUUCCCCAGCGGCCCGCUCCAGCACCCUGCUGGUGGGAGAGCACCGCCUCAGCCGCUCCGUGCUGUUGCUGGCGGCCGUCAUCGCCGCCUCGGAGCUCGGCAUCAGGGUGGCUUUCUUCGCCCGAACUCAGAUUCAGAGCCUCCCGGAGUGUCUGCAGAGAUGCAGCGCAACCCAGAACCCCGAGGGGCUGAAGAAAAUCACAUUCAGCUACCCCCGGUCCCUGGAGGAGCUACUGCAGCAGGUUGCCAGUCUUCACGAGUCCCCAUGCCCGCCCUCCCUCAUCAUCAUCGACAGACUGGACGGCUUCCUGUGGGGCGCCGUCGCCGGCAGCCAUGUUGGCUUUCACUCAGGAGACGAGUCUCGCGCUGCCCAUCUGGCGGCGCUGCUUUGCGACACCGCUGCCUUUCUCACCGAAGUCCUGGAAAAGAGGGGCUCCAGCUCGGCCCCCUGCCGCGCCAUCGCCUCCUUCCUCUCGGACGCGGACAGCAGGCAGGACAGCCGGGACAGCUCGGCAACGGAUCCCAUUCUGGACGUUCUUGACCGCUACUUCCAAGCUCGCUGCACUUUGGACCAGGACAGAAGCUACGAAGCUGCCGCCGCAGCAGCUCAGGAGGCCUGGCACGUCUACCUGUCUGGAACUAAAAUCCCAGAUGACUGUGAGGAUGGGCCCGCUUGGGCCCAGGAGUGGAAACUCUUCAUUUUCCCUGAGGGUUUAAUGGAGUUUAAGUUAGUUUGAAAGGCUCCCGAUGUUAAAACACUUCAUUUUUAUGGAGAAUUUUUUUUAAUGUUUUCUUACAUACUAAAUACAUGUAAGAAAAGCAUAGGAUUAUAAUUAACAUAAUCCUAUUUUUAAAGGUGCACCGAUCUGCUUUUCCCAGCCAAUACUGAUUUCCAGUUUCCUUUUACGGUAAUGUCUCACCUACAGAUUGGAUUUAAAAAAAAUUAAAAAUACUACAUGACAUAAAAGAGAAGAAAAAUAUGCACCAGGUUUCUUGAAAGGUCGAGGCAUUUCUUCGCAAGCUUUGAGUUUGACUUGACUCCUAAAAUGUUCAGGGACGUACACAGUCGAUGUGUGCAAAAACAAACACGUGGAAGAAGGUUUGAUGAGUUCGAUGAACAAGGAAAAAAGAUGAAAUACUGGCGCAAAAUGAUGUGUUUUCAACUAAGUACCACUAUGAAGUGAUCCUUUCUGUCCUCUUCUCCAGAUCAUCUUGUUUAUAUCAAAAAUAAAUGUUGUGCUUUGUAAA